AUGGCUGUGGUUCUGGUUCUUCUUACUGCUUCAAAGCAGCUAACACUCGCGGACCUCGGGAAGGCUGCCUCGGCCAGCGUCACUGUGGUGAGGCUCACGGGCGAGAGGACGCGGGUAGGUCGGCUUUGUGUCCCCUUCACUGACAAUGGAGAGUGCCUGUUGCUCACCGCUUGUUCUGGCCAUCAACACAUCCUGUGGGAGCACAGCCGGGAUGAGCCUCCUGCACCCCUGCCACCGGCUUGUGGGCGACGCCAACGCCGAGAGCUCACAAAUAUCCUCAAUGCCCCUUGGACCUUCCCACCACCGGUUGUGAGCUGGAACCCGUUGGCUGGCUUUGGGUGUCAACCUCCUCCGUCUUUUCGACCGCGGAGAGCCGGACGCCGCCUCUACGAGCGGCAACGUCGCCUGUGGACACGGCAGCCUCCGCCCAAACAAACUUGGUCCGGAUGGCCUUUGAGGGGAACUCGCAUUGGUGAGGCGAAGCGGCCUGGCCCGCCCGCUCCGGGCACGCCACUCGGGGGCGAACGGCCAUAUCCUGUUGGGUGCCGCCGCCGUGAGCGCUCACCAGAUGCUGGCGCCCACGCCAUGGAAAUUGAUGCACCUGCGUCCUCAGUGUCCGCCGCGGCACCGAGUGGUGACCCUUGUCCUGCCGGCCGUGUCUUUUGCCCGGUGCCGCAGUGCCCGCAUUCGGACCCCAAGCAGGCACGCGGAUGGACGAGCCUUGCAUCCAUGCGUGCGCACAUCAAUACGCACCUACUGGGGACGUCCGUUGGGGAAGUGCCGCCUGCCUGGCUCCAACAAAAUGGCUUGGUUCGGUGCCUGGUCUGUGGAUGCACUGUGUCCCAGCGCCUUGAGGUUCACCCCACAUGCCGUCCUGCAGCGCGUGAUGCCAACAACGCUUGUGGAGCGGCGCAGGUGCCUGCAUUGCACUUGCCGUCGCUGGCUGACAUCCAGACUGCCAGGACCCCAACGCUCAGGCAUGUCCCGUCCAGCGCCCGGCAUGCGUGGCACCAGGCCCUCGUGCGUGCCUUGUCAGCGGUAGCUCAUGUCAAUGACGAACAGUCCUGGAUUGAGCUGCUUAUGCUUCCACAAUGUGUGCUUUGUGCUCCACUCCGUGGCGGACGCAAGCACCGCCGGGCCACUGCUGCUUUCGUCUCCGAUCGCCUGCAACGCUGGGCGGAGGGAGAGCGCUUGCACCUUUGGGACUCUCGGCCAAAACACAACCGCAAAUCCACCCCCUCUUUGACACCGGAGGAACGCCGGGACCUGGCCACUGGCUGGGCCAGAGAGGGUUUCGACCACAAGGCGUGCAAGGCCUUGUUGGCUGAAGGCCUGUGCCCGCCAACUGUUGAGUCUGCCGCUGCCUUGGCCGCCUUGCAUCCUCACAGCCCGCCCCCGGCUUCUCAGCCUGUGCAGUCCCUGCCUGUGGCGCCAGAGGUGGCUCCGGAACUCGUCACCCGCAGUUUGCGUGCUUGCCGCCCGGAAACCGCCCCUGGGCCCACCGGCCUGCGGGUACAGCACCUCCGUGAUGCCUGUGUGGCUGGGGGAGUUGACAGCCUCAUUGCCCAGCUCACAGCUGUUGUCAAUGUCUUAGCUCAGGGCCGCGCGCCCGCUAGCGUUGCGCCCGCUAGCGUUGCGCCAGUGCUGGCUGGAGCCGGCCUAGUUGCUUUGGCAAAACCUGCUGGAGGCUUAAGGCCCAUUGCUGUGGGCGAAUUGUUGCGCCGCCUCACAGGCAAGUGCUUGAUGACAUUGGUCCGCGAGGAAGCUCGAGCCUUUUUCUGGCCGGCGCAGGUCGGUGUUGCUGUCAAGGGCGGAGCUGAAACGGCAGUGCAUGCGGCGCGGGCCUGGACGCAGCGGCAUAUGGGCUCCACCCACAAAGUCCUGGUCAAGCUCGAUUUCAGUAACGCGUUCAACUGUGUCGACCGCACUGCGGUGCUCCAACAGUGCUGCGCCAACUUCCCUGUGCUGGCGCGCUGGGCCACGUGGUGUUACCAGCAGCCCACUCGACUGCAGUUCGGGGAUAGGGUUCUUGAGUCCAGCUCUGGUGUGCAGCAAGGUGAUCCUUUGGGCCCUCUGCUGUUUGCAGCUGCCACCCAGCCCCUUGCUUGUGAGCUACGCCUCGGACCCUUGGACCUUGCAGUGCACUUCCUGGAUGAUGGCCUUCUAGCCGGUGAUGCCCCCGCAGUCGGGGCAGGCUUGGCCCAUGUGCGCGAAAGGGCAGCGGCUCUGGGACUCACUCUCAACCUGUCCAAGUGCGAAGUUGUCGUGCUGGGGCCUGUGGACUUGCAGAGUUUGCAAUUGCAUUUGCCCAAUGCUCUUCUUCAAAACGCUGACGGCUCCUGCCGCGUGCAACGCAACUUCGAGUUCCUUGGUGCAGCCAUCGGUGAUGAUGCUUUCGUGCAAUCUCAUACCGAGGCUCGAGCUGCCAAGGCGCAGCGGCUGCUCGACGAGGUCGGCCAGCUCGCAGAUCCGCAAGUUGCUUUGCGGUUGCUUCGGGCCUGCGCAGGCUUCGCACGCAUGGUGCACAGCAUGCGUUGCAACCCCCCGCACGCUCAGAUGGGUGCUUUGGCUGCCUUUGAUGGCAUGGUUCGAAGCUGUUUUGCUGAGUUCACAGGCAUACACGCCACCGCCGAGCAGUGGAGUCAGGCUGCUAGGGGGUUUGCGCAGGCAGGGCUGGGUUUGCGCUCCUGCGUGACUCAUGCGCCGGGCGCCUACCUGGCUUCUCUCGGCUCUAGCCUGGCUGCUUGCCUGGAGCUUGACCCUGCCUUCUCGGCCUUGCAAGUCACGAGUGCUCCUUCCGUGGCGGCUGCGCUGGACUCCCUCAACGCCCAGCUCCCGGCUCCUGAAGCUAUGUCCCUUGAGGCGGCUUGGAGCAGCAGCCAGCGUAACCUCUCCAAGCGCGUGGAUGACUGCGGCUGGGCGGGCCAGUUGGCUCGCAGCACACCGGCUGAGUGCGCUGGGCUUCGGUCCGAGGAAGACACAUGGUGCCCUAUGUGUGACGCGGUGUUGGACAUUCACGGUCACCGUGCCGGCAUGUGUGUUGCGGGCGGCGAGCGCACGCUUCGGCGCAACGCCGUUAGGGACGUGGUCUUCGCUUGGGCCCAGCGAGCCGGGCUCCGGCCGGAGAAGGAGCGCUCGGGUCUGCUUCUGCCACAAAGCCCUGAUGAUACCCAGUCUGCAAGGCGCCGGCCUGCCGAUGUCUACUUGCCCGCCUUGGGUGGGUCUCCUGCUGCCCUCGACUUUGCUGUCACAGCACCCCAGCGACAGGAGACGCUCCUCUUGGCGAGCCAGAAGACUGGUGCAGCGGCCGAAGCCUAUGCAAGACACAAGGAAAGCCACCUUAACACAGCUCAGGCCUGUGAGAAUCAGGGCGUAGUUUUCGUACCUAUGGUUGUCGAGAGCACAGGCGAAUGGGAAAAAGGCGCAGCCACAGUCCUGCGGCACAUCGCUCGUGCGGUAGCAGCCAGGAAUGGGGAAGAGGCGGAGCUUGCCCACGCAGCGCUGCUGCAAGAACUCAGCGUCGUCGUUAGGUCGUUCCGGGCUCGGGCGGCCUUGCGGCGACGCAGCGCCACGUGUGCAAGUUGA